AUGUCAGGCAGCGGAGGCAAUAUUGACCCUUUCGAGUGGUCCAACGAGCGACUGAUCCAGGAGCUGUGCACCAGCAACCGCUCGUGGUCCGCGCCGCCUCCGAAACGAUGGCCCGAUCCAGAGUUUCUCGCUGCUAAGCUCGAAGAGCAUGACCUCGACGGCCAGCUUCUUCUCUGCUACGAAGACUACAUGGGCCCGGGCGGAUUCGAGUCCCUCUGCGCCGACUUGGGCAUCGCUAAGAUCCCCCACAAGUUGUCUUUGCGUGUGGCCAUACGGUCGUUUCAAAAGAAGAGCCCGGGUUAUGCAGCGUGGAAGGCCUCUCAGGCUGCCGGAGACAAUAACGACUUGACUGCAUCCCAGGCAACGAUGCCGCCGUCACCGCCACCAAAGAAGACCCCGUCGAGCGGGCAGGAGAGCGGUGCUGCUGUCACCCCUGCCACACAGGAGGGAGACGACCAUGCCUGGCAGGCUGUACACGAACCAGCACCGGUAGGAGUGGGAGUAAAGGACGGUAAUUGGAAUGGCAUCGCGAAUAGCACGGAGAACGAAGGCUUUCAGCCAGACCUUAUGCAUGUCGACAGGCUCGAACUUGGCCAGACCAAGAAACGCAAGAGGUUGGCACCAACAAACAUAUCUUUCGAGCCCCGGCCACGCGAGGAACGUCCCAUUGACAAGUUUUCUGAUCCACUUGAUGCGCCUGCUGCCAAGGCUGGUGUUGUCUACAAGGGGCUGUGGCAAGAGAGCAAGAAGGGUGCUUACUUGGGCGACUGGAGCCUCACGAGGUACGCGCUGCUCCAAGAUCCCGAUCCGCUUGGCCCAGACUACAAUGUAGACAACAAGAAAGACAAGAACAGGGAUGGCGACGAUGAAGAGGAUGACAAUGAGAACGACACCUUUGGUUGGGCCGCUCCGUUGCCGAUUCCCAGCGGACGGAGGUUGCAAGUGCACAGGAUUUUGCAUCGCUAUUUUCGGCCAAACAGGCCGUCUGGUAUGCGGCUGGGCCGCGCACGCUCAGCUCCAACCAAUGAUGCUCUUGUGGCCGGUGCCACUGUGGCAGACGAUGACGAGGUUCUUCCCGCGCUGGGCGAAUCAGACGACGAAGGUUAUGAUACCGAGACCUGGGAGGCCAUGGAGCAGGAGGCCAGGGAACGAACCGAGCAAAACGGUCAAGAAGUGCAACAGACGAAACGCAAGAACGCGCCGCUCACCGUCGAAGCAUUUGACGCCGUCAUUGUAGACGCCAUCCGUGACAUUGAAACGCAGUGGGCUAACAAGAAGCUACACAAGCUGCGGCGCCGUGAACACCAAAUGUGGACCGCGGCCCGCCGUGCAGGCUCGCGCAAGUACCUCGUGGACCGGGCACGCAAGGAGGCCGACCGUUUCGCGCAGCGGAUUGACAAGCUGGUGCAGGAGAUGCGCCACGUCGAGUGGCGGAACGAGAAGGAGGUCCGACUGCAGGCCGCUGUACUUGAUGCCAACAUUGAAGACCGGCAAUAUGCACUCUGGGAAGCACGACUGUACUCGUCCCCGACAGCACCGCGAAAAGUGACCGUCGACGGGAGCGCCCUGCGACGGCAAUCGUCCACGUCUCGUGCCAUCCGGCGUAAGGCGCUGGAAGGCGACGAAGAAAUUCUUACCAGCUCCUCGAGCGAAGAGGACGACGAUCUCCGGAUGAAAAACUUCAUCUUGGACGAUGAUGACAACGGUACAUUGUCGGACGGACCCAUGGACAUGUCCGAUGACGACACCGGUGGCAGUGAGAGCCGAUCCUCGAGCCGAGGCCCGGAAAAGCGGGAGACGAUGAAACGCCGCGACGAAUCUAGAAAAUUACAGUCAGGACAACUCUCCAUGGGCGAGGCGUUCAAGGGGUUGCUGGGGAGUCUGAAGGAGAAUUUUCCACUCGGCAACAUGGCGGCCAUCGUCGACAAAGGUGCUUCCUAUUGGGAAAGUAGUAGGGACGUUACACGCCUGCUCUGUACGGUCUUCUCGAGCGCCGACCGCGAGCAGCUUGCACGGCUGGUCCAUCACUGCACCCAGGCGACAAACAUUGAUGACACCUGGAAUCAUUAUUGCCGCCGGGUUAUUGAGAACGGUAGUGAUGUAGAGGCGCCCCGCACCGGCAUGGAAAGCGAUGCUACGGCCUUUACGCGUUACUUUUACGUCUUCGUGACAUGCCGCGACGUGUCGUUGCAAGACUUUAACCCCACAAGCGAAGGCACGAGCGAUGAUAUUGUAAGGAGCAGGGGAGAACUUGGUAAAUUUUGCGUGAAGCUACGAACGCUCGCGCCGUAUUUUAUCGAACCAACAUCGAAAUCGACACCGCCGUUGCCCGCCCCGUCCGCUCGUCCCGUUCCGACUGCUCAGUCAACUGCCGUUUCCGGGCCCAGCAAUUGUCGAACUGCUAUAGAAGUGGACAUAGAAAGCGACGACGAAGACGAGGACGAGCUCAAUAUUUAUGCGGUCCGCCCCGUUGUUGAAGAGAUUGAGGAUGAUACAGACGAGGAUGAUGACGAUGACGUCCUCUUCUCACAUUCACAAAAGCGGCGAAUGCGCCGCAUUCGCAAAGAUGAAUCUGCCCAAGAGCUGCGCGACAAGGAUCAAGCCCGGCACCAGGAACAGGAAAACCGUCGCAAGGCCCUUUAUGAAAGCCUCGCGCAGUCGGGGACCUUGUCCCAGGACCAGACCCGGCUCAUCAUCAACACGGCCAAGGAAAAGCACCACGGCAUUGUGUAUGUCGACGAAUGGAUUGGCCGCAACAUCCGCGACCACCAGGUCGAAGGCGUGCGGUUUAUGUGGAACCAGAUCGUCGCGCCACCGGAGUCCCGGCAAGGUUGUUUGCUGGCCCAUACGAUGGGUCUUGGUAAGACCAUGCAGGUCAUCACGUUGCUUGUCGCCAUUGCCGAGGCCGCCAAGUCGCCGGACGAGUCCAUCGCGUCGCAAAUCCCUGACGACCUCAAGGAGUCCAAGACGCUCAUACUGUGCCCGUCGGGUCUCGUCGAGAAUUGGCAGGACGAGCUGCUGGCCUGGGCGGCGCAAUCGGGUGCGCUCGGCCCCGCGUACAGCAUCACGUCGAGCAUGUAUGCCAGCCACCGGAUCGGCGCCGUGCGGCAUUGGGCCGAACGAGGCGGUACGAUGGUGAUUGGCUAUCCGAUGCUCAACAUGCUUAUCAAGGAGUUUAGCGACGAGGCCGUCGCGUUGGUGGAGCAGACGCCCAACAUUGUCAUUGCCGACGAAGCCCACACCCUGAAGAACCCCAACUCCCGCAUCAACCAAUUGACCCGCAACUUCCGGACGUCGGCGCGCAUUGCCAUGACGGGUUCGCCGCUGGCCAACUCCGUGGACGAGUACCACUCCAUGAUCAACUGGGUGGCGCCCAACUACCUCGCCGCAAAGGACGAGUUUCGUGCCACCUACGCGAACCCGAUCCGCGAGGGUUUCUACCGCGACAGCACGCGGUCACAGCGGCGCCAUGCCGUCAAGAUGCUCAAGGUGCUCAAGGACACGGUCGCGCCCAAGAUCCACCGUGCCACCGUCGCCUCACUGCAGGGCGUGCUGCCCCCAAAGUACGAGUUUAUCAUGUAUCUGCCGCUGACGCCGCUGCAGCUGCGCGUGUACAAGACCUUUAUCGACCUGUUGACCCAGCCUGGCAUGGUGGCCGGUAUUAAUAGCACAGUGCAGCUAUGGAACACGCUGGUCAACCUGACGCUGCUUCUGGCGCACCCCAAGAUCUUCGAGAGCCGGCUCCGGGAGAUGAAGCAGCCCAGGCAAACGGGCCCGCGCAGUGGCACGCUGCCGGCGCCCAUGGUCGACCAGCUCCUGGCGGCGGUCCACGCCCAGAACAUUGACGCACCCGAAUACUCGUCCAAGAUUAUGGUUCUCAUGGGCAUCCUGGACGAAGCGAAGCGUGUCGGCGAGAAAGUGCUCGUCUUCUCGCAGAGCAAGCUCGUGUUGGACUACCUGCAGACCGAGUUCCAGCGCCAGGCGCGCCGCUACCAGCGGCUGGACGGCGACACCAGCGUCAGCAAGCGCCAGGCCAUGGUCAAGGACUUCAAUGCGGGCAGCGACGAGGUGUAUCUGAUCUCGACAACGGCGGGCGGUGUCGGCCUCAACAUCCAUGGCGCCAAUCGCGUCGUUAUCUUCGACUUUAAGUGGAAUCCCAUCCACGAGCAGCAGGCCAUUGGUCGCGCCUACCGCAUCGGCCAGACGCGCCGCGUCGUCGUGUACUGGCUGAUUAUGGGUGGCACCUUUGAGACGGUGCUGCACGACCAGGCCGUCUUCAAGACGCAGCUGGCCUCGCGUGUGGUGGACAAGAAAAACCCCCAGGCCUGGGCCGACCAGCUGCGCAACUACACCAAGGACCCCGAAGUCGUCCCUGUCGUCCCGGACACGGCGACCAAGUACAAGGGCCUCGAUGUGGUGCUGGACGCACUCCUGCGCCCCGGCGCGCCCACGCAAGAACGCAUCUGCAAGGUCAUGUCGACCGACACGUUUGAGAUGGAAGAGCCCGAGGAUGCGCUGACCAACGAAGAGCUCACCGAAGCGGUCAACAUGGUCAAUAUGAACAGGAUGCGGCUGCGGAGCGGUGGCGUUGUCGGUGGCGGUGGCGGUGGCGGUGGGCCGGAGAGCGGCUUCCAAGUGGUCGGUGUGCCGGGAAUGGCGGGCGCACAAACCACGACGAUGCAGAGGGUCGAGCGCACACAAGUCGAUGGAGCUAGGUUCCCGCCGACAGCGACAGAUUUUGCGACCUCGCAGGCCAUGGCGCGGGCUGGCGCAGGCAGUGUGCUGCCUUCGUUGGUGCUGGCAUCGCAGUCGCAGCAGCUUCAGCAGUCGCAGCAGCUUCAGCAGUCGCAGCAGGCAGGGUCGAAUCCAGUCCCCAGCAUGUAUGCGUACGAUGCUUUCCUCAACCAACCGCCGUCCGUACCGAUGCAGAUCCGCACGCAGUCUACCGCCCACACGAUGCAACCCACGCCCGUCUUACCAGCCGUCGUGCCGUCAAACGGGUAUCUAGACCACCACGACUGGAUUUCUGAACCGGCGCCCGAAUCCAACAUUGAUCGUUCUCUCCGGCCGACGCCGGCAGACAAACAGACGCCUGUAUCAACACCAGCAGUGCCACCACCGGUGCCCUCAAGCUCAUUGGCGGCUACAUCGGAAGAUUUCGUGGCUGUUUUGAAAGAGGCACUACUCAGUGGCGCUAUGGAUAAACAGCAAUGCAUAUGGAAGCCUCGGACUGCCGAGCUCCUGGCACGCAGGACAGUUGACGAAAUCAUUGCCUGUUUGCCAAUGGCCAAGCUUUCGGGCCUGCCUGAGAAAGCGCAAUGGGGCCGCCUCCGAUCUUUGGUCACCAGGGUGCCAGGUUUCGCCGAGGCGACCGUGCACGGGGCGAUUUCGGCAAAAGCGCUGGUGAUGUUGAGGUCGACGGAGGACCAGAAGUUGGCUGAUCUCGUGACCGGUGCCUUGGCCGAAAUCGACUCCAUGCCGCGCGCGUACAGUCUUAAGUCGAUGCCCAAUGCUUGGAACCUAUUUGGCGAACAACACACGGCCGUACGCAUCUUGGAGCGAAAGCUGUUUGACCGGUCUUGGACCAAACCCGCCGAAGCCAAAGGGAACUUUUAUGUCGCGAGGAGUUUGGCGGAAGGCGCAAUAGCCAAUGUCACUGUGCCAAUCACCGUGAAUAUGACACGGUGUGCCAUUCUUGCGUUCCGUGAUCCCGUCUUUGCGAGCGCGUUUGUCAUGCCGACGUUUAACCACCGGGCGUGGGCCGCGAUGGCGCCGAACGAGGAAGCUGAUUAUGUGCGCCAACUGCACCUUCAACACAUGGUCGAGCAUGCUGAUGAGUACCGCAAGGGUUACCUCAAGAUCAGGUAUACAGCAGACGGCAGCACUCCGAAUCCCAGUUUUAUGCCCUUACCCAUGCCCUCGCCCAUGGCGCCUCUACCACACGCCGCAAAGGCAGAGCCGAUGGACGACACCUCUAGCGCCAGGGCUCUCAAGAAUGUUCCAAGCCGGCCGCACUUGAUGACCGGCAGCGGCAGGUCCAGCUUUAGCGAGACCUUUGGUGCCGCUUCGCCUCGACCGGCUGCUUCACCACCGAUGCGGACCAAAGACCCAGACCACCUCAAGCACCAUCUGCAGCGGUCGCAGAUUUGGAGCCACGACGUAAAUGACCGUGGUUCCGUUGGCCUGGGACGAAGUGAAGACGGUCGGCCGCCCCGAGAGGACCGGCCACGCGUAUCGAGUUCGGGCGCCAAAUCGCGUGACCUGUUGGCCAUGCGCGAGGUUGUGGAGCGCAGAGAGCGCAAGACGGCCACCGUGUCGGUGCCGGCAUCGGUGCCCCAAACACCACAGCGGCCAUCGCCAUCGUCAUCGCCGUGGAUGCCACACGCACAAUCACAGACACCCGACAUGCCACCCAACAUGGCUCCCAACAUGACACAGGCUGCCCAGUCACAGGUGCACCCCUCUCGCUCCCCCCCGCCGCCUCCGUCCACCCACUCGGCUCGAUCCAGCUCCGGCGCCGCCUCCCCUGUGCCCGACCCCCAGGGCGCCGCCUUUCGUAUCCGGGGCGCGCCACGGAUCGACCCAGCCUCGCAAUUGCAGCGGGGCCAGCAGAGCCAGAACCAACUGGAGCGCGACCUGCUGGACGCUGACCGGCGGCAGCAGAACGCCAGGAGGGACAAGGACAAGGCCGGCGGCAACAAGCCCCGCAUCCUGCCACCGCCGAGCCGGGGCCCUGGGCCACAAGCCGGCGACAAUGCACAACAUCCGUUCAUUCUUGAGUAA